AUGGAUGGAAACCGCUUUGGACAUUAUAUUACAUUCCAAGAAGGAAGUUCCAUUAAAUUGUUAGACUAUAAUGAAGACCAGAAAAUCGUAUUGCGUGAGGAUGCGUUGGAUAUCUUGCGUAGAUUAGAAGAGCCGGUCGCGGUUAUCUCGUUGGUUGGGUCAUAUAGACGAGGGAAGAGCUGGUUUGCAAACGUUUUGCACGGAAGACACGAUGGGUUCACUUUAGGUCAUGGAACUGCAGGUGAAACACGUGGGAUUUACAUGUGGGAUUCACCUUUCAUGUAUGAAGGCAAACGAAUACUAGUCCUCGAUUCAGAGGGCUUGGAUGAUCCCGAGCGGGACGCCGGGUUUGCCACAAAGUUAUUCGUCCUAUGUCUCGCUAUAUCGUCUUCUUUUAUCUACAAUAUCAACGGCGUAAUCGGAAAAGAAGAUGUGGAGAAACUAUUCUUGAUGACGGAUUUGUCGAGAUUCGUUAAUCCUAACGACACAAGCAGGGUUAUGCCGCAUUUAAUAGUUUUACUGCGAGACUUUAUGUUAGAGAGGCCAGACCAUUUUGGCGAAUAUUUCCUAGAGCAACUGCGUAGUGUAAAUGAGGAAGCUGCGAAUAACAUAGACGAUAAAUUUUCAGAGUUUACAGUCUAUGGUUUGCCCCAUCCCGGACUAUCUAGCCACCAGCUAAGGGAAUUACAUGAAAUAGAUACAUCCGACUUUGACGAAGAAUUUAUUGAAGAAGUAACAAACGCGGUGAACGAAAUAUUGGAAACGGUUCAGCCCAAAUAUAUUGACUCGAAUCCAGUUAAUGGAGAUGUUCUCGCAACAUUCCUCGAAUGCUGUGUCCAAACACUAAACACCCGCGAUAAUCAAUUUGAUUUGAGUUUGUCUACCAACUAUGAUAAUAUUGUCCAAUAUGCUGCCAAAAAAGCUGCGACUGAAUCUUUCGAUUGGUAUAGUUCGAUAAUGGCAGCGGAAUUAAACGAAAGCGUACUACCUGUACCAUGGAAUGUAUUUGAUAACAUACAUAACGAAUCAUUGCAAAAUGCUGAGAACUGUUUUAACAACAGUCUGGUUGGAAAUGGAAUACAUCUGUUGAAGGCUUAUCAAGAGUUUAGAAAAAAUGUCGACCCCCUUUUGACUAGGCUUCGAGGGCAAAAUUCCGAAUUGCUUUAUUCGUGUAAUCGGGAUACGGCGUGUUUACUCUGGGAACAGUUAAUUACUUCCCAUUUGACGGCCGAUAAUUUAUUUAGCUCUGUAGAAGCGCUGGAACAAGCUUUUGAACGCUUUGAAGAACACUAUCUCGAUGCUAAAUUAGACUGCCCCGAAGCUACGCGAGUACUAGACGAAUUUAGGUCAGUUUACUACAAUUCAGCCAGAAAUUUGUUCAACAAUCUGAAAUUACUCAGAGACGAGGUUGAAUUAGAGAAAUGGUUGACUAUAGAAGCACAAAAAGAUCGAGCCGAAGCACAGGCCGAACUACCAAAGAUAGCUGGUCGUAUGGAAGGGCUCGACGAUAUAUCGAAAAGACAGAAAGAGGAGGCAGACAGAUAUCGACAACAAGCUGAGGAGAUGGAAAGAAGGGUCAGGGAUCUAGAACAACAAAUGCAGAGAAGGGAAGGUGAAUAUCAAGCGAUGAUAAAUAAUCUACAAAAUGAAUUGAGGAAUCGAUGA